AUGUCGCUUGCGGCCCGAAGCGCGCUUUACUUCAACUACACCAUCUGCGCCAGACUCAGGUUGUCCCCCGCGCCCAGCUGUGCCAAAGAAGUGGACUUUCUUCUCCAGAACUUCCGCAGCAUUGCGCCGGUGGACUAUUUCCACGUCCAACAGUCCAGCCACUCGCUGAGCAACCCGUUCAGGCAGAUCGUGACCGUGGUGUUCAAUGCGUCGGAGCAGCCGUCGCAGAUCGACCCGUUUGCACCGGCCGACGACGCCUUGGACGCCACUCCGGCACAGUUGGAACAGCGCCUGAACGAGCUCCUGGCGUACAUCCGCCGGAUCUGCGGCAUUCCCAGGUACAGCUACAUCGAAAACGACGAGCUAUAUCUGGAGGGCCGGUUCAUGGUGCCGUUCCAGCACAAGCUUCUCGCGGAGGGCCAGCACCUCCAGGGCGAGUACGAGAUCAGCCCGUCCACAAGCGAGUCUCCGUUCUUCCUCUUGUCGGGGAACCACGCGGCCAUGGACGUCCUCCCGCAUGUCCGCCACAACUUCCAGAGGCUACACAAAAUCGAGCCGCUCCUGGUCGACAGCGGGCGCUCGGCGUUGGCACGCCUAACCGGCGUCGCGCCGGACACCCAGGUCCAGGUCAACAUGAACCAAGUCAUCAGCACGGGUGCGUUGAUGGACCUUGACGAGGAGCUCCCGUGGUUGGCCGAGAAGCACAACGCGAACGGCAAGUUCAGAGGCUUCUGGUGA